AUGAGACAUGAAGAGAUCAAGGCUGGAGAAAACAUUUCCACAGUGAUGCAGUUUGUCCUCCUGGGAUUCUCUGACCUUCCUAACCUCCAAGGGUUUCUCUUCGGGAUGUUCUCUGUAAUGUACUUGAGUAUCUUAAUUGGAAAUAGCUUCAUAAUUAUGAUAACCAGGCUCGAUCCUGCACUGCAGAAGCCCAUGUAUUUUUUCUUAUCAAAUUUUUCUUUUCUGGAAAUCUGUUAUGUAUCAGUCACUCUCCCUAGGAUUCUGUUCAACCUUUGGACUCAAGAUAGAAGAAUUUCUUUUUUAGCUUGUGCCACACAAAUGUGCUUCUUUCUAAUGUUGGCAGCCACUGAAAGUAUCCUUCUGUCUGUGAUGUCCUAUGACCGCUAUGUGGCCAUCUGCAACCCUCUGCACUAUCCUCUCUCCAUGAACCCAACAAAGUGCACUCAGCUGGCAGUGGGCUCCUGGCUUGGUGGCGUGCCAUUCGAAUUAGGGCAAACCUGUCAGAUAUUCUCUCUGCAUUUCUGUAAUUCUAACAAAAUAGAUAAUUUCUUCUGUGACAUACCCCCGGUACUCAAGCUGGCCUGUGGGAACACUUCUGUUAAUGAGCUGUAUGUUUAUGCAAUGGCUAUCUUACUUGCAGCAAUUCCUUUUAUGUUGAUACUUGCAUCUUACAGCAAAAUCAUUGCCACUGUCCUAAGGCUGCCAACAGCUGAAGGACGGGCAAAAGCCUUCUCCACAUGCUCUUCGCACCUGGUUGUGGUGGUUUUGUUCUUUGGAUCAGCCUCUGUUACCUACUUGAUGCCAAAGUCUACACAUUCUUCCAUAACUGACAAACUCCUCUCUCUUUUUUACACCAUUGUCACCCCCAUGCUCAACCCCAUGAUAUACAGCCUUAGGAAUAAGGAUGUGAUUGUUGCCUUGAGAAGAUUAUUGGUUAAAGCACAGUGCCAUCCACUCACAUAUGAGUGA